CCAUUAAUUGACGCACGCACCUCGAUGGAUAGCUACAUAUAUGAACUCUGCCAAGUAUUUUUUUUUUCCCCCAAUUGUUGAGCAGGUACAAAAUCGCGCAUUUUGAUAAAACAAACUACAAAAAGUUGAUGAAAUUAUCUUUAGAAAUGUCAAAAUGUUGGCACCUAAUACUAAUAACGAGAGAUACACAUCAUAUGGUUCUUCUAUCGUUUCAUGAGGGUGACUUGCCCUCACAAAAUCACUUCUUUCUCCACCAUGACAUAACAUCGCAACUCGAUCUCUUCCAAGUACAAGCUCAUCAUCUCAGUCUUUCAUGGUGGUGCUUCUUCUUCCUCCUCUUGUCGAGUAUUUAGGCUGCUUCAACAAUGCACUGAUAGCCAGAUAGCCGAAGCUUGUAUUUAUUAAUUUAUUAUCUUAAUUAUAUAUUUAUUUCCAUCCAUAUUUAUCUCGCUCGUGCCCAUGGAGUCCUAUGGCGGCGGCGGCACGCGGACGUCGGCGUCCUCGCGGCGCCCCUGCACGUCGGCGUCCCCGCGGCGCCCCAGCACGGCGGCGGCGGCCUCCCGCGCCGGCUCCGGUGCCUUCGCGUACGACGGCAUGCGCGCCACGCCUCUGUCCACGUCCACGGCUAACUUCACGCGGUCCCUCCGCAAGGCGGUCUCCUUCGCCCACAACCACAAGAAGCCGCCCCCUAGCGCCGCCGACGCGCCGGCGCCGCCACCGCGGCGCGCGCUGAGCAGCAAGGAGAACAGCGCGGCGUCGACGACGGAGGCGGUGCUGAUGUCGCCGCACCGGCGGUCGAUGCCGGAGCCUGGAGCCGCCGCGAGCGGCCCCUGGGAGCCGACGACAAGGCGGCGGCGGAGCACCGGGACGGUGGAUGAGGCGGCGGGCGCGGGUAAGGGGUCGUCGUCGUCGUCGGGCGCGCUGCUGCGGGAGACCAUGUCGCCCCGCAGGAAGGAGGAGCCGGAGAAGGACGAGGCCGCGCACCGGGCGCGCAUGCUGACGGCGCGGCUGCUGCAGUGGCGGUUCGCCAACGCCCGCAUGGAGAAGGCCAUGGCCCGCGCCACCUCCGCCGCCGAGAACAAGCUGUUCUACACGUGGCUGCGCGUGGCGGAGCUGCGCAACAUCCAGGCGGCGAAGCGGAUCGUGGCCCAGCGGCGGCGGCAGAAGCUGAAGCUGGCCCGGCUGCUCCGCCCGCAGCUGCCCCUGCUGGCGUCGUGGGAGCCCCUCGCGAAGCCGCACGCCGACGCCACGGCGGACCUCGGCCGCGUCCUCUCCGCGGCCUGCACCGGCGUACCGUUGGCCGCCGGCGCGCGUGCCGAUGACAUGGACGCGCUCCACGAAACCAUGUUCUCCUGCGUGGGCACCGUCAACGAGAUCGAAGCCAUCACCGAUACGUUCUACGCCACGGCCGGCGCGACGAGCGGCGCGCUGGAGGAGCUGGCGCGGACGAUCCAGCAGGAGAUGGAGUGCCUGGAGGAAGCGACGCGUCUGUCGAGCAUCGUCACCGGCUUGCAGAUGCAGGAGGUGAGCCUCCGGGCAAAUUUGAUGCAGGCAAAGCAGAGGAUUGGCCUGGGGCGGGGACCGGCGGCCACACCGGCGCUCGCAACAUCUGGCUGGUGUUUUUGAUCGGACCAGACAUGAACAGAAGAAGAGUACAACUACUCACCCACUAUAAAUUAAGAAAAUUGAUUAAGGUGCAAGACUUGUGUUCAUCGUGAAGGCAGGCCACUUGAUCAUCCGACGUGUGCUAGCUUGGCGUAUAGUAUAUGUAUAUGCGUGUCUGAAAUAAGUUAAAGUGGUAGUAGAUGAUGAUGGCGAUAGAUUUUUUUUUUUUUAAAAAAAUGUGGUGCACCCUGCACUUGCAGUGCACCUGUCCGAUCCGAUCGCCAGCCGGUUCUGCUGUCCUACUGGAGUCUAUCUAUUACUAGUGAAAGUGAAGUAUUUAUUCAUUUGCUCUUGGCGCGGGGGGGGGGGGGGGGGUGUUAAGAUUAUGUUCAUUUCGUGUUUGUGCUUGGGCAUAUUUAUGGAUGCUGUUGAGUUAUUUGUUGGCACCUGUGCACAGAUAACAGAUUAUGUAAUUCAUGUUAUUCAAGGGCUUGCAGAACUACAUACAUCGGUUGUAAUCAUUGAGCUGAGUACUUAUUCUGGGUCAAACAAUGACUUGAUUUGCUAA